UUACGACCUUUUCGCGGAGAAAGGUUCUUUAAUACUCCGGGGCAGGUUCAUUCCAAUAAUUGGCUAAAGUUAGGGUUUGAUCCUCUGUCCCUCUUCCAUCCCAAAAUUCGCUUCCUGCUUACGUCCCUCAAUCAAACCCUAACCGGCUACUGUCAAUCCGAUCUAGCCAUGUCUUCCAAGCAAGGUGGAAAAGCAAAGCCCUUGAAGCAGCCAAAGUCCGACAAGAAGGAAUACGACGAUGUUGAUAAGGCAUUCCUUCAGAAAAAGAAGGAAGAGGAGAAGGCUCUCAAGGACCUGAAAGCCAAGGCACAGAAGGGAGCUGUGGGAGGUGCUGGCCUCAAAAAGAGUGGGAAGAAAUGAAGGGUGUGCACUGAAAGACAGUAUCAGGGGAUUGCGCUUUGAACUAUGUUUAGGUCCCCAAGUAUAUUUGUUAUGACAUCUGUUGUGGUUUAAUUGUGGUGAUGGUCUGAGAACCUUGGUACUUUGCUAAUGCGAUGACGGUCAAGUUUCAUUCAUGCUAUUCAUGUCUUGGAUCUGGACUCUGUUCUGCUUCACGGUCUUCACCUAAUAAACUUCAUGUUUGUGGGCAGUUAAGAUCUGUUUCUACUCCCUAGUUUGGCCCCUUUUAUAUGAGGUGUGUGGGUGCUUCUGGCCUAGGCUAUUCUUCCGAUGUUAUCAUUUCCCUGCGAUUGAUAAUACUACCUAGUUGCCCCAUCAUGGUACUUGCAAUGAUAGUCGAACUUCAUUGAAGCUAAUCAUGAAAGUUACCGACUUGGUCUUCGAUUGUGAUUCUUUAUGUACAAAAUGCUGGCACAGUGGCAUCACAAACGUAUGCUACUUUAGUUGGUACUUGCUAGUUCAUAAUCGGCUGUCUGAGUAUGAGGCUAGCUCU